AUCUAGGUUUUUCCCCGAAAUGUACUCAUGGCGUACGUUACCUGUAACAGUCGUAGAAUUCAGGGCAAAAAAUGUUCCUCCUGAUAGCACAACCACUGGUGGGAGAUUUAUGGCAUUUGGGAUUGUUCGGGAGUGUAGUUGACAAGUCUGAGAGCUGGGUUGUUGUCCAUUAGUUUAACUACGUAUUUUCUUGUCGUUACUGGUUAAUACUUCUGUUCUUGCAUCGUCUGGACUUGAUUAAAACAAAAACUGUCGAAGCUGAAUCAAUUUUUAAUCGAUAUGUAGGUUUGAGAUGGUUUUUUCCUGUGCGUGUGAAUCUCUGGCAGAAGUUGCGGCUGCAGCUGAGAUUGAAGGUGGAGAGAGUCUUAUUCCCCCAUCUGUAGUUGCUCGUGCAAGAUUUGUAGUAUUGUGUGGUUAGACAGUUGAGCACCAUGAUGCAGUGCCUUCCAGCCCAGUGUCAGCUAUUGUCUCCAGUGUCUACAAAUGUUACUUCGAGAACCCAAAGACCCUCGUGUAGUAUUACGAGGAUAUCUCAAAGUCGAAGAGCUUCAGGUCUGGUGGUGAGAGCAGAAUCCACAUCUGCUCCCACCUCUACAGUCGAAACUGAAAGUCCUACACCAACCGAAGCAGUGGCAUUGACACCCACCGCACCCGCCUCAAAGUCCCUCAUCAAUGAAGAAAACAUUCUCAGCGCCAUAACUGGCCAAAACAUUAUCGUGGAAGACCACUAUGGAAGGUUGGGUGUUAAUCCAGAAGCUUCCUCAUCAGAGAUUGUCAAAACAUACCAAGAGCGAUGUGCGGAAGUGCGGCAAAAAAAUUUGUCGGAAUCAGAGACUGAGGAGAUUCUCAACAAAUUGAAGGAUUCUGUUGAUCUCCUGACGUCUGAAGAAGAGCGGCGGUUGUACGAUUGGUGCCUGUUGCGUAAGGCAACACACACAGUUGACUACGCUUGGCCGUACGAGGCUGAUAUAACCCAGCGUCUCCAAGAUCCCACGUCUCUAGUUGUACCACCUGAGGACGACGGAGUUAACGACAAAGUAGGACUCUUCUUUGCUGGAUGGUUUGUGUUAUCUUGCAUCCUUAGUAUUGUUAUAGGGCACGGGUGGGAAAAAAGCAUGUAAUCCUGGGUGUUAUGUGUAGCUCUCGUCUAGUUUCAUUCACAUCUGCCAUGUAACAGAUGGUUCUGGGAUGAAGUAGUUCUAUCCCUCUAGGUGUUUCCUCGUAGGUACUGGGAAGCAUGGUUGUGCCUCUAGCUGGAGUACAUUUCCUUGUACUGUAGUCUUGCAAAUGGCUUAGUGUUUCUGUGAACAUCACCGAACCAGUGUUGAUGUUACAUCUUGUGAGAGGACAUCAACUAUGAUACUAUUCCACUCUACCGCGAAGCUAGCUCGUUUUGAAGUAGCUAAACAAUGUGUACACAUUUGAUGUUUUCUGAAUCGAUUUAUUUGACUAGAGGUUGGCCUACUUGCAAACGAA